AUGGCUAUAUAUAUGUAUGGGUAUAUCUAUAUCUAUCUAUCUAUCUAUCUAUCUAUCUAUCUAUCUAUCUAUCUAUCUAUCUAUAUUUCCAGUAGAAGAAAAACAAAAGCAAGAAAGAUGGCAAUUGUUCCUUCUGCAGGUGAAUUUCCGCGUUUAUUAGCUUUAAUGGCUGCUGCUUGUGGACUUUUCGUCGGAUUUUUUUCUUUUAUAUUUUCCUGCGUCCUCGAAGCCAGAAUUACAGGCAGUGGAUCAUAUAUUAUUAUGCUUGCCAUUGUACUCUGUGCCUGUGCUCUCAUCAUACUUCUGGCAGCGCUGAAUAUCUUCAAAAUAUAUCAAGUUAACGCACACCUCACGGCUAGCAUUGCCGUAUUCGGAAUCGUUAUUUCGUUCAUGCAGUUAGUUGGGUAUAGCAGAUUGGCCAGAGGAUUCAAUGCAUUAUCUAUUUAUAAAGUCUAUGAAUCCUAUUUUGCUGUUUGCAUCGUCCUUGUUCUGCUCUUGUUGGGCGUCAUGGUUGUCUAUGCAAUGUUUUUCGUCAUACUCAUGAAACACGCCUGUACAUCGACCACGUGUGUAACAUCGACUACAAGGACUACUACGACGACGAUUGAAACUCCUCCACAGUCUCUCUCUUUCGCUCGCUCUCUCUCUCUCUCUCUGUCUCUCUCUAUUCGCGGUAACCACCGACAAAACCGAUCUAUCCUCGGUCACGGUACCACCUAUAACGCUGCUCUAUCCUCGCUCACGGUAGCAUCUGUAAAUCUGCUCUAUUCUCGACCGAGUUUUCAAUCUAUCUAUCUAUCUAUCUAUCUAUCUAUCUAUCUAUCUAUCUAUCUAUCUUCCAUGUGUAUUAUUGUUUGA